CUCUCGCGCGCACGAGCGAGACGCUGCAUUUGAGGAAAUUCCCAUCUGAUGCCGCACGCCGAGUCAAGCCCCGGCUGAGAGCGACCUUGGGUAUUGUCUGGCCACUGCGUGCAGCCGUUUUGGAUGAAUCUGGUCCGCCCAGCCUGCCGGCCCGCCGACGCCAAAAGUUGAAAGUUUUUUGGAGUUUGCAGGUUGCAGGUUCCAGCUUGCAGCCCGCGCUCCGGUCGCCUUGCUGUUCCCCUUCGCGCCGCACCGACGGCCGCAGCGACGCGAACCGCGCGACAGACCCAGUCCAAAACCCUCCACGCCAAUAACCCAUCCCACCUCCCACCGCCCACCGUCCACCGCCCACCGUCCGCCCUUCCAGGGUCCCGACCUCCCUGCCCGCCAUGUCCUCGCCCGCCGUCAGCGCGCCCCACGUUAACGGCGUCGCAGCGUUGUCGCGUCCAGACUCGCCCGCUUCAUCCGUCAAUUCCUCAACCAAGCGGAAGCGCGAGGCCAGCGACGCCAACGAUCCCGAUCUCAACCGCGCCGAGUCGCCCAGGCCGCCCGUCAAUGGCUUGCACGCUUCGCAGAACCUCGCUGCGCUCGUUCGCGACUUUUUCUGUGUUUUGCAAAGCUAUGACACCGAGAAUCCCUCCGUCCUCACCCGCCCGCUUCCAGAUCCUCUCCCCGAUGGCGAGCCGUCCUCGAAGCGGGCAAAGUCGGAGGAGAGCAGCAAACCGGAGAGCAUCGCCGACAAGGUGACGCAGGGCGUAUACGUUGCUCUGGAUGAUUUGAUGUGGGACGUCGUCCGGGCGGCAAAUGCGCAAAUCCAGGAGCUGGAGGCUGCGGAGGCUGCUGGCACCUCCGGCGACGACAGCAUCCUGGCCAGGACGAUCUCAUUCAAGAGCAAGGCAUUGGACCUUUACAGACGAGAGCUGGCAUACCCCAAUGUGCCACAAGUGGCGCCCAGGAAGCCCACGCCCGGACGAGUGCCACUUCAGGACACAGGCAGUCUAGUUUUGACGGCGGUUGGUGCUGCCCCAACAUCGAGGCCCCUGUUCACCAGCCGGCAGCGGGAUGUGGCCUCCAAGUUUCCGCUCGACGCCGCCUUGCCGAAAGGCGUUUCCGUCGCCAGGCUCUUGCCCGAAUCUCCCGCCUUGGGCGAAAAGGCGGGCCGAUCCCUGACGCUGGGAGAGCUGUUUCCCUCGCCUCGCAAUCUGCCCCCCUUACAGCCGCCAAAAGCACCCAAGACGACCACCAAGAGCAAUGUCUUGACUUUUUACCACCCCGAGCUGGCCGAAAAGUCUAAGUACCGCGCCGGCAGCUACUACUCUCAAACGAUCUCGGCAGGUCACUGGUUGGAUUAUAGCAACGCCACCCCGACGAUCCAUGCCAAAACGAAACAGCGGGAGCGGGCUCAGAGUCUCGCAGGCCACAAACCGUCCACCAGCGAACUCGAAAUGUCCGAGAUGGAGGCGCUCUUCCGCGGCGCUUUCUCCUCCUUCGCCCCGUGCAAGGAUGAUUCCAGUGCAAUCGUCCCCUCGGGCCAGAUCGGCCGCAUGUGGUGGCAGCGUGUUGGUCGGCGAAACUUCGCCAAGAUGGCCGAGGCGGAAGACGUCGACGACGAAAACGAGGGAGGCGCCGCCUCUGAUUCAGCGGUGGCCAUGGAGAUUGACGAAGAGCGCGUGAAGGAUGCCAUCGAGAACUGGGACGAAACAGCCGUCGACCCGAGCCUGGACCAUGCGCUGGGCAAGAAGUCUGACCAGGAAAAGGAGGUUGACGAUCUUCUCGAAGAGGUCUCGGACCUGAUCGAGACGCUAGCCUCGUACCAGCGCAAUCGCAAUCUCACGCUGCCAACCAGCCAGGACCGGUAUUCCACGGACCCGGUUAAUGGGGACAUGCUACGUAACGGCAAUCUCUCGCACCAGCCGAGUGAGGAAGAGAUGAGGACAUACGAAGCGCUGAAGGCCCAGCUGUCGUUAAUCAUCCAGACACUGCCGCCUUACGCGGUUGCGCGCCUCAACUCGGACAAGCUGGCGGACCUCGCCGUCAGCACCAAGAUCGAGGUGCGCUCGGAUGAGUAUCGGGGUGUCAUGGAGGAGGAUGAGCCGGCGCGGCUCGCGCGGUUGGCCGCACAGGCAGCGGCGACGUCGAAUCAGCGCCAGGCGCACAGGGCGCCGAGCGCUUCGGGCCCCUACGCCAGUCACCAGUACCAGCCGCAGUUCACGCCAUCGGCCCGGCCCGUUGGAACCGCGCAGCAUUUCCCGCAGACUCCCGUCCGGGGGCAGGCACCGAAUAUGUACCCGCGGGCUCCGUCUAGUGUACCGAUCCCGCAACCACAUCACCAGGUCCAGCCUCGACCAGCACCUCAAACCCAGUUCAGGCCGCAGAUGUAUGCACCCCAGCUGGCCAAGGCUCAAGGCCCGUAUGGCCAUUCGAACAUGCCGCAGCAAUUUGUUCCGAGUCCUUCACAACAACGGAUGCCACAGCAUCCGAACUACAACCUCGGGCAGGCUGGUACUGCCAACAACCCACGGUACCCGCAGGGCCAUCCCGCAGGCUACCAACAACAUCAACAGAUGCUUCCGCAACACGGGCAGCCGUCCCCGGUUCCGCAACAUUCCCCACACCAGCCGCCGCCGCCUAUGGUUCAGCACCAGCCUCAGCACCCGCAGCAGCCGCCGUACUCGCAGUUCGCCAAUGGCGGGCAAAUGCCGCGAACUAUUUCACCGCAGAUCCCGCAGGCGCAGCACGCUUACAGCCCCUCGCCGACGCCACCUCAACAGCACCAGCAAAUGGCGCGUCCGCCUUACGGCAGUCCUGGUCCCGGCAUGCCGCCUAACGCCGUCCCUCGCCAGUACGGCGCGGGCUCGCCAGGUCCCGGUAUGGUGCCGGGGCCGGGCAACCGACCUCCGCCGUCCAACCUCACCGGGUUCGCCACAGUCAUGCCGGAGGUGCAGCAACGGCAGGUGAUGGAGCAGGCGCGCGCGCGUGCCGACGCCGAGCAGCGCGCGAGUGGCCACAUGGGCAAGGUGACGCAGGGCGAGGUCGUCGGGCUCGCCGGCAUCGGGCUGGCCGGCCACAUGGACGUGCACAAGGUCGCAGCCGCCAAGAUGCAGAUGGGCAACAACAACAGCAGCAACAGUAACAACACCGGCGGCAGCAACGUUAACAUCAACAGCAGUGUUCCGUCACCAGGCCCGAAGCCCGGCGGGGGUGCCGCCCCCGUCAACGGCGCGGUUGGUGUCCCGCCACCGCCGCCGCCUGCGGCCGCGAACAGUCCCAUGCCGCCACAGGCUGCGCCGCCAUCGGGGACCGCGAGUUCGGCGCCUGCGGGGCAGGGUCGGCCGUGA